AUGGCUAUUGCCGAAAACUAUGAAGACGUGCUGAAGGGCAAGUACCCGGCCAAAGCACAUGCGAAGAAGGUCGCAGAGUGGAUCAUUGAGAAGGGCGGUGACAAGAACGGAACAAUCUAUCUAGAGGCGCAGAAAUUGAAGUUGAACGAGGACAAUGAUGGCGAGGCACCGUUCCGUCAGCGACGCUACUUUUUCUACCUCAGCGGAUGCGAACUGCCAGACUCCUAUUUGGUAUAUGAAAUCGCCACUGACAAACUUACUCUCUUCAUCCCUCCUGUAGAACCCGAUGAGGUCAUCUGGUCCGGCCUACCUAUGAGCCCCGAAGAAGCCAAAGCAAAGUAUGACAUUGACGAAUGUCUAACAACCAAGGACGUCAACUCUCACCUCGCCAGCCAAUCCGAAUCAGCUCAAUCAACCAUCUAUGCCAUUCCAGAACAGGUCUCGGAUCACGUCACCUUCAUUUCUUACAAAGAAAAGGAGUUCAAACAACUCAAGACUGCCAUCGAGUAUUGUCGCGUCACCAAGUCAGACUACGAAAUCGCACUUAUUCGAAAAGCAAACGCCAUCUCAACAGCCGCCCAUGAAGCCGUGAUGAAGGCUGCGUCGAAAGCGCAGAACGAAUGCGAACUCGAAGCUGUGUUCCUCAAGGUAUGCGUAGAGCGCAACGCGAAGAACCAAGCCUACCACUCUAUUGUUGCAGCCGGUGAACAUGCCGCGACAUUGCACUAUGUCAACAAUGCUGCGCCAAUUUUGGAUCAGAACCUUCUGCUGCUAGAUGCAGGAUGUGAGGUCGACUGCUACGCCUCCGAUAUCACACGCACGUUCCCUGUAAAGGGUAAAUUCACAACUGAGUCCCUUGCUAUCUACAAGAUUGUGCUGGAUAUGCAACACCAGUGUAUUAACGCACUCAAGGCCGGCGUUGUGUGGGACCAUGUCCACGAGCUUGCUCACAAGAUUGCUAUCAAGGGACUCCUGGAUCUGGGCAUAUUGAAGGGCGACGCAGACGAGCUGUUCAACAAGAGGAUUAGUGUAGCUUUCUUCCCUCACGGUUUGGGUCACUACCUCGGAAUGGACACUCACGACUCUGGUGGUGACCCCAACUACGCGGACAAGGAUGUCAUGUUUAGGUAUCUGAGGAAGAGGGGCACCCUGCCUGAACGUAGCGUCAUUACCGUCGAGCCUGGUAUCUACUUCUGCAAGUUCAUUAUCGAGCCGUAUCUCAAGGAUGAGGAGAAGAAGAAGUACAUCGACGAGAGUGUGCUGGAGAAAUACUGGAGUGUGGGUGGUGUGAGGAUUGAGGAUAACGUGCUCGUCACCAAGGAUGGACACGAGAACCUAACACCGACGGUGAAGGAGAUUGAUGAUAUCACCCAGUUGAUCGUAUCUGGUCAGUAG